AUGGAUGCGUACACCUUCAAAUAUGUCUACACCUGUGAUAUUGAAGAAAUUGGCUUUCGCGUUAAAGUCGGCAACUUGGACGGCAUUUUUCCGCCAUCUGCUCAAACCGACAAUGCUCCCAGUAAACGCCAGCAGUCUCCUCAAAGUCACAACAAAUCGCAUUAUUCCUCAUCGUCGACGAUUCAAAACAACUACAACUACAAUGUUGUGGAAGUUCUUGAAGAGCUGUCUCUUAUCGAUGAUCUUGCCAGUUCAGACGAAGAGUCAAGCAGCACACAGGAGGAUGCUGCUUCAGCCUCGCCAAAGUCCACUGCUGAAAAUACUGACUCCAUUCCGCUUUACGUUGAAUCGUUGAAUAAGCGCCAAAAGGAGCAUAAAUCACAGCAGAAGAAGAGUCAGAAGCUGUCUCAGAUCAUCUUCGGUGGCCUUAGCCAGCCUCAAGCUUCUUCUUCGCCCUCAUCCUCAAGUACCGAAAUCGCCUUCUCCGAUCUCGACUUUAAUCAUCGUGACCACCGCAAUAAGCAUCUCAUCACACCGGAAGGGGAUUUCGUCCUCAAUGGCUAUAAUACUCCCAACAAUGUCAACAAAGAUACCAGUGUCAAGCACACGCCUCCACAAAAGUCCAAAUUCGAUAGCUCAGCAAAUGGUUCUGAUACAAACUCACUAAACUUCACUUCGACGACGCAGUAUAUGCAAAAUGAUUUGAGCCUUUACCCAGAUGGAAACUGUGGUCUUUCCAAAAAGGUUAAGCAACUCAACAAACUGAAAAAGAAGUACUACAAUGGCCAGAUACCAAAGGUCACGUGGCUCGACAAACUUACUUUCCUGAAAAUUGAACACAUCAUUGUCGAUGAGAAAACGAUCAGCACUUUAGUUUUUCUUACUGUUGAGUUUCCGGUUGUUGUUCUGGACGGCGUGGAGCAUUGCGUGGUGUACUACGAGGACAAGGAAGAGCACUGCUGUCAGUAUGACAUCAUUGAAAAGGAAAUCGUCACAAUUCAAGACCCUGAAAUCAGUUUGGACAAUUUGGUUGAGCAGAAGCACCACAAGUUAGCUCGAUCUGCGCGUUCUGGCAUUUCGGAUCGAGACCUCAAGCCAAAUGCCACCAUUCGCAAUCAAUUAAAUGAUAUAGUCAGCUGUCCAUCGACUAAACUACUUACAAGUGAGGAGCAAGAUCUUGUCUGGAAGUUCCGCUUUUACCUCUGUACACAGAAGAAAGCGUUAACAAAGUUUUUGAAAACUGUCAACUGGAAUUCACCUUCCGAAGUGGAGCAGGCAAUUAAUUUAAUGGAGGAUUGGGCGCCGAUGGACGUAGAGGAUGCACUUGAGCUUCUUUCACCUCAGUUUCGCCAUCCAAUUGUGCGAAAGUACGCCGUCAGCAGAUUAAAAGAAGCAGUUGAUGAGGAACUGCUUCUUUAUCUACUUCAGUUGGUUCAAGCUUUGAAAUAUGAAAGUUUUAUUGACAUUCAUCGUUCAUUUGAUUCAGAGCUAACUGAAUACCGCUCAAAACCGCAGGCGGCAAAUGUGCCACCGACCAGUGAAGCAGAAGGGUCCAAAGGAACAAGAAAAUUAUUUGAAGAGGGACCUCAUUCCACGGUGGAAUCGUUUCUUGCUGAGUCCAUUAAAAUGUUUUCAGCUCCUCCGAAUCUGGAGACAUUUGGUGAAGGUAGAACCAGCGAUUCAAUUCCGCCUUACUCCUCGACCAACUCCCUUUCAGCUGGAGGUGAUGGCAGCUCCCUUGUGGUUCAGCACGGUGAACAACUCACUUCGAAGAACAGUUCAAACAAGUACGGCGAAGACUUGGCGACCUUUCUCAUCAACCGAGCUUGCUCUAAUGAUUCUCUGGCAAACUACCUCUUCUGGUACUUAAUGGUCGAGUGCGACGACCGUGACUCCUCUUCUCCAACGAGCAGUGUAGUGAAAAUGUACCAAACAAUGAUGAUGCGAUUUAGCUUGAGGCUAUUCUAUGGUGGCCAAGAAAUGUUCGCUAGACGUAACUUUUUAAUACGUCAGUAUAAGUUUGUAGAAAAGCUCGUUGUCAUCAUGAAGGAUGUUGCUCGCGAAAGUGGCAAUAGAACAAAGAAGAUUGAAAAGUUGCAGACUAUUUUGUCUUCGCCUGAACCACAACAUCGAUUCAACUUCAGCAAAAGUGACCCACUUCCACUUCCACUUAAUCCGGACGUUAAAAUUGUGGGAGUUGUUGCCAAAGAGGCGACGCUGUUCAAGUCUGCGAUGAUGCCCGCUAAACUGGCUUUUUACACUACUGAAGGCUCAAUCUACAGUGUCAUCUUCAAACAUGGGGAUGAUCUACGCCAGGACGAUCUCGUCCUGCAGAUGAUCAUUCUAAUGGACAAGCUGCUGAGAAUGGAAAAUCUUGAUUUGAAGUUGACUGCUUACCGAGUGCUGGCUACCGGAAGUAAGCAUGGCUUUGUCCAGUUUAUAGACUCUCAGUCGGUGGCUGAGGUUCUUUCAAUUGACGGCACUAUUCAGAAUUAUCUAAGAAAGAUAUCGACCAAUGCCAACUCGAUUGCUCCUGAAGUAAUGGAUGCCUAUGUAAAGUCAUGCGCUGGUUACUGCAUCAUCACCUAUCUGCUCGGAGUGGGCGACCGUCAUCUUGACAAUCUAAUGAUGACCAAAACUGGUCGUCUUUUUCACAUUGACUUUGGUUUUAUUCUCGGCAGAGAUCCAAAGCUCCGACCACCGCCAAUGAAGAUUACCCGCGAAAUGGUCGAUGCAAUGGGUGGAAUGAGCUCUGAGAACUUUGCCCGAUUUUGCAAUCUUGUUCGCACGGCAUUUCUUCAUCUUCGACGACAUGCGAACCUUAUUUUAAACCUCUUUUCACUUAUGGUCGACGCCAACGUUCCUGAUAUUGCCCUUGAGCCUGAUAAGACCGUCCAAAAGGUGCAGGACAAGUUUAAGCUCGAGCUUAAUGACGAACAGGCAGUACAUCACAUCACCGAGCAAGUAGAGCAAAGUGUCCGUUCCAUUAUGCCAGUUGUGGUUGAUCAGCUGCACAAGAUGACCCAG